AUUCCCUCUUUUCACUCUCAAUCCUACAUCUUAAAUUUGUUUCAUGCCUAAACAUGUCAAUAUACACACAAUUUCAAAUACCCAUUUCGAAUUAACUCGCAUCACAUUUACAUGCAUAUCUAAUUCACACCCUAUUUUGCAAAUCAUUUGUAGGAUCCCACACACACACAUACCAUUUUGAUUCAAAGUGGAGAAUGGAAUUCUUUCAAAGGGCCGAAGUGGUGCGCCUGAGGAGUCACCAUGACAAAUAUAUGUUGGCAGAUGACGACGAAGGUGUUUUCCAAGAUCGCAAUGGUACCUACAAAAAUGCUAAGUGGACCGUGGAGAUGGUAGAAGGUUCCAACUUGAUAAGAUUAAAGAGUUGUUAUGGAAAAUACUUGACAGCCUCCAACAUGCCAUUUUUGCUUGGUGCCACGGGGAAGAAAGUGUUGCAAACCCUUCCUCCAAGAUUGGAUUUAUCUUUGGGAUGGGAACCCUUAAGAGAAGGUGUGCAAGUAAGGCUUAGGACCCGUUAUGGUCAAUACCUACGUGCUAAUGGAGGCCUACCACCGUGGAGGAACUCCAUCACUCAUGACAUCCCACAUCGAACAUCAACGGCAAAUUGGAUUCUAUGGGAUGUGGACCUCGUACAGCUUCGACCAACCCCUCCCAAACCAAUAGAAAUCGCCACACCCAAUACUUCUAUGGAUUCUCCUCCCCCAUAUCACCAUGACUCUGCUCAAAUAGACCUCAAGUCUCCUAAAUUAUCAAUUCAUGAGCAAGGAGAUGUAGAGGAAAAUGCUUCACCAAAGAAAGAUGGAAGGAUUAUAUUUUAUAAUGUGGGAGAUGAACAUGGGAGUGUUCCUAUUACAAGUGAAGAAAAAUUCUUUACAUUCAAAGGAAGUAGUGUGGAUGAUUUGAAGGAAAAGUUAAAGGAAGAGACGGGACAUGAUGAUAUUAUUGUAUGUUGCCGCAAUCCAUUUACUGCAAAACUUUGUCCCCUUCAUUUACAGCUACCUCCAAACAACACUGACAUGCACGUUGUUGUGGUUACUCCCUCCUAUAAUGCAUAAACAGUUAACAAAGAAGAUGCUGACAAAUCAAUAGGUGGAAAUGCAUUGUGAAAAUAUAUUUUCACAAAAAGGGGCUCGACUCAACCCAUGUGUUUACUCUAGGAAGAAAAAUCAAAAUGAAAAAAGAAGAAGAAAAACCUUAGAAAGAGGAAAAGGAAAGUGGCAUGGACUUUUUGUGAAACACUGGCAACAAUAAAUUUAGUUCCCAAACAUAGUAUUCCUUCUUCGAAUUUACAACUUUAGAACUCAAUAUUCUCAUGCUGAAAUAUGUAAUUUCUUCCUCACACGCAUCGAAAUGUUGUAACAUUAAAUGUCUUACGUACUAUGUCCUCCAUUUAAAGAAAGUGUGUAAAUGAUCAAUGUAAAGGAAAUAUUUAUAACUGUUAUCUUAU